AUGGUGAAGGCCUUUUUCAAUGGACAUGAACUGCCCAGGUACAUUACACAUACAAACUUGGUUCUGUUACCUAAAAAGAAGGAAGUUGUAUCAUUCUCUGAUAUGCGACCUAUUAGCCUAAGUAAUUUCAUCAAUAAGGAGAUAAUCACAGACAUUCGUUUGAGAACCAAGCCAGUACCAAAUGUUGUCAUAAAGCUUGAUAUGACAAAAGCUUAUGAUCAAUUAUCAUGGAUAUUUCUAACAAAGGUACUGAGGAAGAUGGGAUUUGGUGAGAGGUUCAUAGGCUUGGUAUUUGGGAUAAUAUCAAACAACUGGUAUUCUGUGCUUUUGAAUGGACAACCCCAUGGUUUUUUAGAUCAACCAGAGCUUAUAAUAGAGGUGUUAGCAGCAUAUGAAGCAGCGUCUGGUCAGCUUAUCAAUAAGAGUAAAUCAACUGUCUAUUUGCAUCAUUCUGCUAGUGAUGAAGUAGUGGACAAGGUUCAGAGAAUUACUGGUAUUCCUAGGCAAGAUUUCCCAUUUACAUACUUAGGUUGUCCAAUAUUUUAUACUUUAAGGAGAAUGGAUUACUACCAAGGGCUCAUAACAAAUGUGAUGGAUAAAUUACAGAACUGGAAAGUGAAGCUACUAUCUAUUGGAUGGAGAGCUGUUCUUAUAUCGCAUGUUCUUCAGAGCAUGCCCAUUCAUUUACUGUCUAUAGUAAAUCCCCCAGCAAAUAUGAUUAACAGGUUACAUAAAAUCUUUGCACAACUUUUUUGGGGAAAUUCAAUUGGUGUUGCAAGUAGACAUUGGGCAUCCUGGAAUACACUAUGCUUACCAUGUGAAGAGGGGGGUGUUGGUUCAGAUCACUACAUGAUAUGUCCACAGCUUUAUUCUGCAAGCUGUGGUGGAAUUGCAGAACAAAGCCAAGUUUAUGGAGCUCCUUUAUGA